GAAUGAAGACGGAGCUGCAGGAAACAAACAUGAUGAACAUGUGACAGAACAUGAGCUGCCUCCCUCUCUCUCUCUGCUUCUAUAUUUAACCUCCUCUCUCUCCUUCACACAUACUCGACACAACGAGGCGGCGAGCGACUCAACAGGAUGGAGGGGGAGGCUCCAGCCCGACGCUCCGUGGCUGAACUCGCUGGAAGAUUCAAAGGCUCAGCUCCUGCACAGAGUCCUGCCACCAACGAAGCAGAUAAACCAGUCAGACGACGACCACCUAAAACCCUGAAGCUCCCCAAACCACAAGAAGACGAGCAGGAGCCCCCUUCAGGUGUCGUCUCUCCUCAGCCGUCCAAAGUGAAGAGGAACUCUGCUCUGAUUGAGAAGCUCCAGUCCAGUCUUGCUCUCUCGCCCUCGGGUCCGUCUCCAAAGAGUCCUGGUAUCCGGCUGCUGCCUCCAGGCUUCACCCCUCCCUCCCCAGGCUGUGCCCCGGUAACCACCCCUCCCUCAGCGACCCCCACCAGCCCCACCGAGGAGGAAGGCCCCGCCUCCUUUGAAGCCACUCCCGCUGUGACAGAGGGCUCCAUCCUGACCAACAUCAACAAGGGAAGAGCUCGCCACUCCAUCCGGCGCCGGCCUCCAUCACGCCGCCACAGGAAGUCCAGCGCAGGAGACGAGAGCAGCGCCGCCCACGAUGGAGGAGAAUCACAUGAGAACAACGAGACAGACACGACGACGGGAGACGUUUUCAAGACGGAAGGAGAAACAGAUGCUUCAAAAACAAAAGAAGAGGAAAACAAAACCCAUGAAGAAGAGUCAAAGAGCAGCAUCGACCUGAAGGAUGGAGACACAUCUUCAUCUGAGCAGAGGGAGGAAAAGAAGGAGGAGGAAAAGAAGGAAAAGGAGGAAAAGAAGGAGGAGGAGAAGAAGGAGGAGGAAAAGAAUGAGGAGGAGAAGAAGGAGGGGGAAAAGAAGGAGGAGGAGAAGAAGGAGGAGGAAAAGAAUGAGGAGGAGAAGAAGGAGGGAAAGAAGGAAAAGGAGGAAAAGAAGGAGGAGGAGGAAAAGGUGGAGGAGAAGAAGGAGGAAAAGAAGGAAAAGGAGGAAAAGAAGGAGGAGGAAAAGAAGGAAAAGGAGGAAAAGAAGGAGGAGGAAAAGGGGGAAAAGGAGGAAAAGGGGGAGAAGAAGGAGGAGGAAGCUGUGGAGAAAAGUUCAGCUGAGGAACAGAAACUAGAUUCAACUGAAGAACCAACGAAGACAGAAGAAAAGAUCGAAGAAGAGACGAGUUCGUCCUUAUGAGGAAUCAGUCACGAUGAUGAAGGAGAUGCUGCAGCAGCGAGGCCUGCAGAGACGAGACGAGACGAGACGAAGACGAGACGAGACGAGACGAGACGGAGACGAGACGGAGACGAGACGAGACGAGACGAGACGAGACGAGACGAAGACGAGACGAACGAGCGAGA